UUGACGAGAGCCCAUCUGCGUGUGUGUGAGACUGUGAGCUCAGGAUUUCUGUCAAUGCAUUCCAGUAACCCCAAAGUGAGGAACUCCCCGUCAGGCAACACACAGAGCCCCAAAUCAAAGCAGGAGGUGAUGGUCCGCCCCCCUACAGUGAUGUCCCCGUCUGGCAACCCUCAGCUGGAUUCCAAAUUUUCCAACCAAGGCAAACAAGGGGGCUCCACCAGCCAAUCCCAGCCCUCUCCCUGUGACCCCAAAAGUGGAGGUCACACCCCCAAAGUGCUCCCUGGCCCAGGUGGGAGCAUGGGGCUGAAGAAUGGGGCUGGAAAUGGUGCCAAGGGGAAGGGGAAGAGAGAGAGGAGCAUUUCAGCAGACUCCUUUGAACAGAGGGAAUCUGGGACUCCUAAUGAUGACCCUGAAAUCAAAGACUGCAAUUCUGCUGAUCAUGUGAAGUCCCAGGAGUCUCAGCACACACCACACUCCAUGACUCCUUCAAAUGCUUCAGCCCCAAGGUCUUCCACACCUUCCCAUGGUCUGACUGCCACUUUGGAGCCAGCAAGUGGGCAGAAGACUCCAUCCAAAGUGGUUUACGUCUUUUCUACUGAGAUGGCCAACAAGGCUGCAGAAGCUGUGCUGAAGGGACAGGUGGAAACCAUUGUGUCCUUUCAUAUCCAGAACAUCUCAAACAGCAAGGCGGAACGAAACACUGUACCCUUGAACCCCCAGAUCACUGCACUUCGGACUGAACCCAAGCCCCUGCCGCAGCCCCAGCCCCCCGCUGCCCAGGACCAGAACCCUCCCCAGAACGCCAAAAUGCAGCCGACCCCACCCGUGUCAGCGCCGGUGUCCAAAUCCACUGGCCCCCCAUGUCCCAUAGAUCAGGACAGUCCCAGCGUGGAGAGCAAAGUGAUGUCCGUGGGCAGCCCUGCCAACUCUACCCCAUUGCAGACGGAAGGAUUUGGGCAGAGUUCGACCCCCAAUAACCGAGCGGUUAGCCCGGUUUCCCAAGGUAGCAAUAGCUCAGCUGCAGACCCCAAAGGUCCUCCCCAGCAGGUGUCUGGUGGGGACCCAUCCAGUUUGGGCGAGAAUCCAGAUGGACUGUCACAGGAGCAGCUGGAGCACCGAGAGCGCUCACUGCAGACCCUGCGAGAUAUACAGCGCAUGCUCUUCCCUGAUGAGAAGGAGUUUGCUGGAGGGCAAAGUGGGGGGCCUCCCCCAAAUGCUGGGGUGCUGGAUGGUCCCCAAAAGAAACCUGAAGGGCCGAUACAGGCUAUGAUGGCUCAAUCCCAAAGUUUAGGCAAAGGGUCAGGGUCUCGGACAGAUGGAGGGGCUCCAUUUGGCCCUCAAGGACACAGGGACAUGCCUUUUUCCCCAGAUGAAAUGGGGCCACCACCAAUGAACUCCCAGUCAGGACCCAUAGGCCCAGACCACCUGGACCAUAUGACUCCUGAGCAGGUGGCCUGGCUCAAGCUGCAGCAGGAGUUCUACGAGGAGAAGAGGAGAAAGCAAGAGCAGGUGGUUGUGCAGCAGUGUUCCCUGCAGGACAUGAUGGUCCACCAGCACGGGCCUCGUGGGGUGGUCCGAGGUCCUCCUCCUCCCUACCAGAUGACCCCUGGUGAGGGCUGGGGACCUGGGGGCCCAGAGCCCUUCCCUGAAGGCAUGAACAUGUCACACUCUCUGCCCCCCAGGGGCAUGGCCCCUCAUCCCAACGUGCCCGGGAGCCAGAUGCGCCUGCCUGGUUUUGCAGGAAUGAUGAACCCUGAGAUGGAGGGCCCCAGUGUCCCGAAUCCCGCCUCACGGCCUGGGCUUUCGGGAGUUAGUUGGCCAGACGAUGUGCCAAAAAUCCCAGACGGCCGAAACUUCCCUCCUGGCCAGGGUGUCUUCAGUGGCCCUGGCCGAGGGGAGCGGUUUCCCAAUCCACAGGGCCUGCCCGAAGAGCUCUACCAGCAGCAGCUGGCUGAGAAACAGAUGGGCCUUCCUCCUGGUCUGAACAUGGAAGGCAUCAGGCCCGGCAUGGAGAUAAACAGAAUGAUGCCCUCCCAGAGACACAUGGAGCCUGGCAACAACCCCAUCUUCCCUCGCAUGCCGGUAGAAGGACCGAUGAGCCCUUCCAGGGGGGACUUCCCAAAAGGAAUACCCCCACAAAUGGCUUCUAGCAGGGAGCUGGAGUUUGGGAUGGGCCCUGGCAGCAUGAAGGGGGACAUGGGCAUGAAUGUCAGCAUGGGCUCCAAUCCACCCCUGGUCCCUCAGAAGCUGAGGGAGGCAGGAGUCGGGCCGGAAGAGAUGAUGAAGCUGCGCCCUGGCGUCUCGGAGAUGCUCUCUUCUCAGCAGAAAAUGGUGCCGCUGCCGUUCGGGGAGCACCCGCAGCAGGAGUAUGGCAUGGGUCCCAGGCCUUUCCUCCCCAUGUCUCAGGGCCCAGGAGUCGGUCUCCGGAAUCUCAGAGAACAGAUCGGGCCUGACCAAAGGACUAACAACCGGCUCAGCCACAUGCCGCCACUACCUCUCAAUCCCACCAGUAACCCCAAUAGCCUCAACACUGCUCCCCCCGCGCAGCGCAGCCUCGGCCGCAAGCCCUUGGAUAUCUCCGCAGCUGGUCAGGUGCAUUCGCCAGGAAUCAACCCCCUGAAGUCCCCCACGAUGCGCCAGGUCCAGUCUCCCAUGAUGGGGUCUCCCUCGGGGAACCUCAAGUCCCCCCAGACACCCUCCCAGCUGGCAGGAAUGCUCGCGGGCCCCACUGCCGCAGCCGCUGCUGCCUCCAUUAAGUCCCCCCCUGUCUUGGGGUCUGCUGCUGCUUCUCCUGUCCACCUCAAGUCUCCGUCUCUCCCCGCACCUUCUCCUGGAUGGACUUCAUCUCCAAAGCCUCCUUUGCAGAGCCCCGGGAUUCCCCCGAACCACAAGGCGUCUCUGACCAUGUCUUCUCCAGCCAUGCUGGGGAACGUGGAGUCGGGUGGUCCACCUCCUUCCACAGUCAGCCAGUCUGCUCCUGUGACUCUCCCUGGAAAUCUUCCCUCUAGCAGUCCUUACACAAUGCCUCCAGAGCCAACCCUCUCCCAGAAUCCCCUCUCCAUUAUGAUGUCCAGGAUGUCCAAAUUUGCCAUGCCGAGCUCUACACCGCUCUAUCACGAUGCCAUCAAAACUGUGGCCAGCUCGGAUGAUGACUCCCCUCCAGCCCGCUCCCCAAACUUGCCACCUAUGAACAGUGUACCAGGAAUGGGCAUUAAUUCUCAGAAUCCUCGAAUUUCAGGUCCAAACCCAGUGGGUCCAAUGCCAACCCUUAGCCCAAUGGGAAUGACUCAGCCUCUUUCCCAUAACAACCAGAUGCCCUCUCCAAAUGCUAUGGGACCCAAUAUACCUCCUCAUGGGGUCCCUGUGGGACCCGGCCUGAUGUCACACAACCCAAUGAUGGGGCACGGUUCCCAGGAGUCUCCAAUGGUACCUCAAGGACGCCUGGGCUUCCCACAGGGGUUCCCCCCCGUACAGUCCCCUCCACAGCAGGUGCCAUUUCCACACAACGGGCCCAGCGGUGGACAAGGCAACUUCCCAGCAGGAAUGGGCUUCCACGGAGAAGGACCUCUGGGGCGUCCUACCAACCUGCCCCAAAGUUCGACAGAUCCAGCACUUUGCAAGACUGGAGGCCCUGGCGGUCCAGACUCCUUCACUGUUCUUGGAAACAAUAUGCCUUCGGUUUUCACUGAUCCAGAGCUGCAGGAGGUGAUCCGCCCUGGAGCCACGGGAAUACCUGAGUUUGACCUGUCCAGGAUUAUCCCGUCGGAGAAGCCCAGCCAGACACUACAGUAUUUCCCUCGUGGGGAGGUGCCAGGCCGCAAGCAGCCGCAGGGGCCCGGGCCUGGCUUCUCCCACAUGCAGGGGAUGAUAGGAGAGCAGACCCCGAGGAUGGGACUAACGUUGCCUGGCAUGGGGGGCCCCGGGCCGGUGGGAACUCCGGAUAUCCCCCUCGGGACGGCUCCGUCCAUGCCGGGCCACAACCCGAUGAGGCCGCCGGCCUUCCUGCAGCAGGGCAUGAUGGGGCCGCACCACCGCAUGAUGUCACCAGCACAGCCGGCCAUGCCCGGCCAGCCCGCCCUCAUGAGCAACCCCGUGGCCGCCGUGGGCAUGAUCCCGGGCAAGGACCGAGCCCCCGCGGGGCUGUACAGCCACCCGGGCCCCGUGGGGUCGCCCGGGAUGAUGAUGUCAAUGCAGGGCAUGAUGGGACCCCAACAAAACAUCAUGAUUCCCCCCCAGAUGAGGCCCCGAGGUAUGGCUGCUGACGUUGGCAUGGGAGGAUUUAGCCAAGGCCCUGGAAACCCAGGGAACAUGAUGUUUUAAGCUGCUACCAUAAGACUGGAUGUUCUGAUCCUUGUCAAGAUGAGAUUCCAAGUCCUGAGGGCUUUUUUGGGAGCUUCAGGAGUACAGUUUGGCCAUGCAAUAGGUGAAAAGAGACCAGAGGACGCUUUGGGAAAUCUCGAAUGUAUGGAAUUACCUGAAAAAAAAAAAAAAAAUUAUUCAUUUAAACAGGUUGUUUUUUUUUUAAGAUUUAUUUUUUAAAAAUUAUUUUUGUGGACUUGGGUAUCCCGUGACGGCACCUGCUUUGAGAAUCUGUAGCUGUAUUUUGAGAAUUGCCAUUUGUCACAAGUUGCACCAUUCUCUGUAUGUUUACGUCCUUCGGACUGGCUUCUCCCAGGACUCUCGGUUAUUUUUGGGGUUUUUUGUGUACUGUACUAUAUUGUAAAAGGGAUUUUAGCAGAGACUUUUAGUCUUUGGGGUGAGAGGAGAAUGGGAUUCUAGGCUGUUUACUUUAGGUGGAGAAUCCAUCUUCAGAACUUCGGACUAUUUUCCUUCAACACCCAAUGUAUAGAAAAACCAAACUACGACCUCAGAGCAGAGUAUUAAUGAAAAGCACAAAAAGGAACUUAAGUUCAGUGAGGGGAAUCUUUUAAAAGAAAUAAAUAAUAAGUUAAGGACAUAUUUUUCAAAUUAUGGCGUGCUGUCCAGCACCUUCUGUCUCUCCCUCCCACUCUUUAUUAAAUAGGCUUCUCUCUCUCCGUCCCCUUCUGUCUCCUCCUAUGGCAGCUGCAAUACAUUGUGUUAUUUUGGGGAGUAAAUCUAGGAGAGCCUCUCCUCACGUGGGGACUCUUCCCACUUCUAGGAAGGGGCUGGACUUGGACACUGUUACAUCCUACAGUAGUCUCUCUCACUGUUUCCUAUUCUCCUUUUCUUAGAAACCCCAAGUGAUUUUAUUAAUGUGGGAGUGGAACAGACACUAAAAGUUACCCAGGAUUUUUUUUUGUGGUUAUUUUUUUUUUUCCUCCCCAGCGUAAAACGUUCUGUGUAACCUCCAUUAAAUUUGGUACAAAACCACUCGCCAGGGCUGUGGUGUCAGAAAAAUAAAAUAUAUUGUUUCUUACAAAAAUGAACUGUCUUCUUUAUCCAGCCCAGUUCUCUCUGUGUACAUCAAACAGCUGGCCAGAUGACUGUUUGCUCUUCCUUAUGAUCACAGUGAGACUAGAGGCCAGGUGGGUUAAGCUUUGGCAGCUCCUAAAAGUCCGGUCUGUAGGCAGCUGCGUGCUGCUUGCAGGGCUGUUCUGUUCACUUAAUCCUGAGCUUGUUUCCUCUUGGAGAGAGAGGUCUUAUUUCAGAACACCCCAGGGACAAUAGUUACAGACUUCCUCAAUUUGUCGAGGGUCAAGGAAUAGAUGAAACUUGUUGUCUCCAUCACUUCCUCACAGGGAGUGUUUGCAGCACUACAAGGUAUGUGGUUUUGAGCUCUCCCUAAGCACAGCAGUGUCUGUCUGCUGAGCUCUGGAGUCCAGUGCUAUGGAGGGCACUGGGACUGUGUGUGUCUCUGGGGGCUUUGGGUUGGGUCAGGUCUCUGACUGCCAGCACUGAGAGCCUGAGACAGUGGGGAAAGGAUGAACUUAAAUAACAGAGGUGAGAUAGAAAUUGUCAGUGAGCAGAUUUUUAUCGAGACAACCCUGCUGAGUAAAUUGUUGCUUUGCUGCAGUUCUCAUCGAUUGCUUCCUAAUCCCCUGUCUUUUCAAACUUGCCUUUUGAGAUGAUUUCAGAAAGAAGGUUUUAUGGUCUUGCCUAUGAGGAGUGAAAGGCUGGAUGACAAAACCUGGACUGGGAAUUGAGAUUUGCUCCUGGAGAAGACCAGGAUGAGCCAGAUGUGGAUCUGCAGGGCAGGGCGUGGGCUCUGUGGCUGUCUGUUCUCUGGUCCCCCAGCGCUGUAUAUGGAGUGUGUAAUCUGUUCUUCCUUCCACUUGCCAUUACUUGAAAUUAUUUCAAUGAGUAGUUUCCUCAGAGGGCUGGCCACUAGUGUGAAACGUCACGUGGGGAAUGAGUAUUUUUAACAUGAUCGUGUGUAAGAAUUUUUUAGAGUUAACUGAACAGGUUUUAGAGCUCACUUAACAGGUGAAAAAAGAAUUCCUCUCGGUGGCCGAUUUACCAAAGUUUUGUUGCUGGUGUUAUAAAAUGAGUGGAGCCGUGCACUGUUGGCGGCACGCAAGCCUCAGAGCCUUCUGUUGCCUGCUUCCAAAUUCACCUUUGUGCUGUCAUGCAAAUUUACUAUGAUUUUGGGUGAGAAUUACUCUUUUGACAAAGUGUAGGAUGUGUGUUGUGGUGCUUCCCUCCGACAAGACAGGCAGCCGUGCCUGAAGCACGGGCUUGUCAAGAUUUUAGAAGGAGCUGACAAUGACACAGUAAGUGUUAUUUCUGUAGAGCGGAAUUACCUCUUCCUUAAGUGGUUGCACAGCUCCUUUUGAGGACCUUGCACGGGAAUCGUCACAAUGCAACCUUUUUAAGUGUUGCCACUCCUGCCACCACUCCUGACUGCUUUUAACCAUGUUGAACAAAGCAAAGUUCUUGAUCGACGUAGAAAUAACCCAGAGGGUUUUGUCUGGUUGGUUGGUUUUUGUAACACUCUUUCUCAGUGCCUCCUAUGCCUGUUGAGGUAUUUUGAAUAGCAAAGGAUUUGAGGUGGCUGUGACUUAUUCUAGGAGAAUUACAUUGGGAAUUCACUGUUUCAAAGCCACUGAUAGUGAAGGGAUAUAUGUUAUGGAUGCUUUGUCAUUACAGUUCCUUCUGUAUCUGUCUAACUUACGAUGCUGGCAUUUGGUAUCUUAAUGAGAUUUUUCCUACAGAAGAUGCAGAAGGUGUGGAUACUCUUUGAGUCCACUAGGUGCACUUAACCUCGGUGAUGUUGCCUGCUUUGCACCAGCAGAUGGACAAGAGAUGCUAAUCUCGGUCUGUAGAUGUAGACUGAACUUCAUUGUUUUGCUUUGAUUCUACUUCUUCCCUUUUUGCUUUGCAAAUGAAAAACCUUUCUAGCUGCCAGCCUUGCAGAUUCACCUUAGGAUCUGUAAGUCAGGCUCUGUUCUCUCCUGCUUAUCAAUAGUAACUUUGACUCAGCUCUGGUAGUCAUGGUGCAGUUGAAGAUGGAAAGUGGGGUUGCCAUUUUUAGUUUUCUUCCCCUCCCCCUCCUCUCUCUUUUUUUUUUUUUUUAACUUUCAAAUCAUCCUCCUCCACCUUUGUUUGAAAGAAUGAAAUAGACUUUAUUCAUACAUGCUUGGCUGCUCUUCCUCUCUAGUAACAUGGGAGGAAACAGUCUGCUGUUCAAAUUAUCUCAUCCCAGAUGGCUGCGCAGCCGGAGUGUGGAGAGACUUAAAAGGUAAACCCAGCAGAUGGUGAACUUCUGAGACGCGAAGUAAUGCGCCUGCUAAAUCAAAAGUUUAAAAUAUUUGAAAUCUGUUUGUUUUAAAUUAGUAGACUUGCAGUCAGGUCAUCUGUGAAGUACACUGCCAGUUUUAAGCACUGUCCAAAUAAACUUAGGCUUUGUCUCUGUGUCAUGGGCUAGCUUAAUCUACCAAAGAAGAUGACAAGCAGGUAGCCAGCCCUGUGAGAGUUUAGUCCUGACCUCCUAGUGGUGUCUAAUGGGUUGCAUUUCGGAAGACAGACCAGUUCGUGGGGAUCUAAUCUGCAGCACUCUUGGCUGGGAUUCCAGUGCUGGUGGUGCUUCUGGUACAAUACACGUGUCCUGACUCAGAGUAGAUGUGGGUGCCCGACUCUUCCCGAGGGGUAAGUUGCAAUGCAGCAUUUUUUGUGCCAGACCGUUGGGACUAUUACAAAUACAGUACAUGCAGGGCUUAAUUUUGUGGAGCUCGAUACGCUGCCUGUCUGCUCUGCUGGUUUUCACUCGGAUCAUAGGAAAGGCUUCCUCUCGUUGGCGGUGCCCUUCUGCACUCGUGAUGGUGAAUGCUUUCCCCGUGCAGCCUCGGCAGGCUGCUGGCUGAAACCUGUUCCCUGUUGUGAUACUCCUCGAGGAGAAAUGAUCCGUGUUUGAUACAGGCCUGUAUUUAGCAGAGUGUACUUCACUGUGUUAAUGGGUAGUAAUUCUUAACCUAAAAAUGGUUAAUGAUGCAGGAAAAAAAGUGAUGCGUGGUUUUUUUUCUGGGAUACUGGGAAAUAGUUGAUUUCUGGGAAUUUUUAUUCCACAUUCUCAGAAAUGCCUCAGCUUUUCCAUGCCGUGUUGGCAGUUCAGCACUUCCCACUCACCUGUGCCCUUUGGUAUUAAAACUCUUCCACUGUCCAACCAAUCCUGUUCUGAAAUGAUUAUUUACACUAGUUGUGGUCAGAAAUAAAUCCUCUUACAUACUGUGGGCCACAACUACCAUGGAAUUGCUCAGUGGGAUGGACCAAUGCAUGGCCCAACCACUCCAACGCUGAGGGGAAGAGUAAGGCUGGAGCAGGGCAGAGAGGGCACUGCAGAAACUCUGUAAGAGACAGUGAUGAAGCAGCCUGUUCCCAGCAGUGCCUUCUUCCUAGCCACUGCCAGGGAGCUGGCCUGCUUUCCUGAGGUCUUCUGCUCUUACUGAAAUGUAUGUUACUCUGCCUAGACUGAUAGGAGUAUUUUAACAGUGUGAAUGCAGUGUCCUGUAACAAUCUUACCUGCACUAGGACAACUGGCCAUGCCGGGUGCUGUGGGUCUUGGCUGUGUUGCAGUUUUUAACCCGGUUGCUGGUCAGUUUUGCUGGGAGAUGCUCCUAGUUAUAUUUUAACAGAAGGUGUGUUGAAUUCCCCCUUUGUUUACUGGUAUGGCCAAAGCUUCUAGAUGCCUUUUUCUAAGCAGUCCGUGCCUUAGAAAUAACUUGCCAUCAUAUUGCCUAAUAUUUUCAUCACUGUUGUCCAAACACUUGAAACUGUGCAUAAGAGAGAGCCUGAUUAGAGCAGAACACACCGUUCUUAAGCAAGGGUAGGGCCAUUGAUUUUUAUAAUGGCAUUAUGGUUUUAGGCUGUGUAAAAAACUUGAUGGAAAAUAACAAUGUUUUGUUUGCCUUUUUGACAGCUUCUAAUGGCAGUUCAGUGAGACCUCCAGCAAUGUAUUUAAGUAUUCAAAUUAUUCUGUUCGCUGUGCGUGGUGUCAACAUGUAAUUGUGGUGGGGGCAGGCUAAUGAAAGAGUAGAGGUAAAUUCAACCCACGCUUCUCGGGGAAAAGGUGCUGUAGUGCCUCCAGUCACAUAUCUGUCAAUGAUUACAUUAACAUCACUGCAGUCUGCCUUCACUAAGUGGGAAGGGGUAACGCAGAACCAAAAUUGCAGGGCCAUUUCAAUCAGUGGUCCCCCUAUUUUAGCCUUUAUCUAUGCCAAAGAAAGUAGGUCAGGAUUCAAGUUUUAUUUACUGAUUGAAAAAACGAGAUCUUUGUCAGUGAUAUUGAUAAAGCCCCUAAAUGGGGCUUAUAAAAAAGAGGGAGAGUGACUUUUUACAUGGACAGAUAGUGAUAGGACAGGGGGGAAUGGUUUUAAACUAAAAGCUAGAUAUGUAAGCUAGAUAUUAGGAGGAGUUCUUUACUGUGGGGAUGGUGAGGGACUGGAACAGGUUGCCCAGAGAAGCCGUGGAUGCCUCAUCCCUGGAAGUGUUCAAGGCCAUGCUGGAUGGAGCUCUGAGCAAUCUGAUCUAGUGGAUCAGAUGGCAGGGUGGAUCAGGUGGCACCCAUGGCAGGGGUGUUGGAACUAGGUGAUCUUUAAGAUCCCUUCCAACCCAAACCAUUUUCUGAUUUUGGCAACCUAGUGAUCCCUAGUAUUGCCUUACAGGAGAAAGUGUCAUCAUCUCAGCUAGAAGUACUUCUGCUGGCUAUUCUGUUGUAUUCCUCUUUCAGCAAGUGCAAAAUAGAUGCAAUGCUGCCCAAAGCUGAACUCGACAGCAGCUCCCCAGACUUCCUUGUUUAAAGCAUAUUAAGCAGAGUUCACCAAGAGUGUGUGUUCUUGUACUUGGCCCACUGUGGCUGUUCUGCAUGUUCACAGCACAAUUUCCAUAAUUACAGGAGUGCAGGGAGGAGGUUUGGAGGCCUGCUGUCCCAUUGGAGAUGUUUUUUGUGCACAAAAAUGCCCUCAAGAAGAUGAGGUAGCUCAGUGCUACACGAUUUGCUUGGUUCAUCUGUCUGCAGAGAGCAACCCUCCAACAUGACAAAAAAAAGGGAAAGGCACAAUGGCUUCUGCAGUUUGGCAAACAUAAAAUCAGUUGUUAUGUCAAAGCUUUCAAGUCUGGUAGCACACAGCACGCUGGGUUUCAUCCCACAGUCCCAGCAUAUGGAAGAGGUAUGUUUUCUCUCGUAUUCCUGAAGCAGCAGGACAAUUUGAAAUGGUCUGUUGUGUCCCUUGCUGUUUUAGCCUCUCUGUGCUUUUGUGUGGCUACCUCAGAAGUGAACUUGAGCCAUUCUGUCACGUGGCUUCUUUCAUCUUGUUGCUAACAGUGUGAAGUGACACUGUGCCACCCUGUGUCUGGUAGGAAAAAGUCCCCUCAUCUAAAAUGCCUCUGGAAUAGGGAAGGCUGGCAAGAACAUAAAGAAAAAUAGUCAAAAGAUUGUGGCAAUAAAAUAAUUUUAAUUUAAAAUUAAAAUUUUAAUUUUAAAAGCUUAAUCAUCAGUCAGUUUGCUGAUUCCCCUAUGUUUUGGAGCACAGGUUAUUGUACUCCUGUGGAGUGACCGAAUACUGUGAAAGAGCUUUUAGAAAUUCUUCAAGUGGGCAGAGACCUGCUUUACAUCCUUUCACCACUUUCUCCUGCAAAAGCAAAGAGACAGAAUCACGGAGUUUGUGGAUUGUUCUUUUUGCUGCAUGGUAAAUCCAAAAGCCCAAGGUUUUUACGAGGGACCUCCCACGGGAUCUUACCUCUCCACGGUAAGACACGCGAACGAACCACUCUUUGGUCCGACGGUGCUGGUACAGCUCCAGGGUCACGUCUGCAGCAUAAGGUGGCCACUUGCGAUCAAAGGUGCCCAGUGCCAACAGGAGAGGUAUAAGAGCAGAAUCAUGAGAAGCGUAGAGGAUGAGCUUUCUGGAAAAAACCCCAAAACCAAACGCAGAAUGUCUCAGCUGUGUUCCUCCAUGCCAGUAGCACUCGUGCUUUUUCUACCAGAUGAGCACUCAUUCUCAUUAUCCCACACAUCCAAUAUCUUUCUGAACCAGGUUCACACUGACAUCAAGUCAGAAUUUAUACCAGUUGGAGUUUUGCCCUGUACCUGGCUUUUUCAGAUGGAGUCGAGGGAUUUAUUGCUGCUUUAAUGUUCUUCUGUAAGGCACCGAGAAGGAGACCAACACUCAUCUUAAUAACUUCUCUAGAAAAGAAGCAGAAACAAAUCUACUAGUUUUUAAACUUUCAAACAAUGGCAUAUGAACACCUGGGAACCUCUUUUCUAUUAUAAAUUGAUAACAUGUAUGGAGCGUAGCUACAAACUGUUCAGGGCAAUUAACAUGGUUAAUUUUUAGUUCAGAGGUUGUGUAGUCACCACUCUAAUGUGAUUGCAGAUUGGGAGGGGAGAGGCAUUAGCAAGCAGUAUCAUGAGGUGUGGCCCACACAAAGGGAAAUCUAGAAACUCACUGAUUAUUUUCUACACUGUUUUGUUUCCCUGGUUGUGAUUUUUGGAUGCAUGGGUUUCAGCUAGGGAAGAUGACAGUAGCUGACUGCAAAACAGUAACUGAAGUGGUUGAGGUCUUUGCUGGGGAGGGGCAGGAUUCAAGAAGGUGGUGGCUAUCCAUUAUAAUAAUAAUUUAUAAAUUAGUUUUUAUCCUUGUACUGAACAAAGAGAUGAUUUUUAUACAACUUCUGGUGGGAAGAAACUCCCUCUACCGAAAUGAGUAUAUCAGUAGAAAUGGAAGAUGAGUGGGACUGGCUUUCCUGGGUGUUGUGGGAAUGGGGGGAAUCAGUCUUUCAGUACCUGAGAUCUCUAAUACGUGUUAAAGAAAAGACUAAGGGCAACUACCCUACUAGAAAAGGCAGUGCCAUACCAUCACCUGAUUGGAGCUGGUGAAUGUGGCAGCUGCAAAUGAAUCUGAAAGGAAGAUGACUGCUGGCAACUCAGCCAACCUUUACAAACAACUGUGCAGGAGGCAAUUAACUGCAUGUAGCAGCACAUUCUUUUGCAAGUAGUUACCUGUGCGCAGGGCCUGGCAUCACCUUUUCCGCUAGCACUAGCACUUUUCAGCCCAGAUGUGCAGGUACCACCCCUGGGAUAAACUUCCCAAGUUGGAAUUCACAUUGUACUUGUGCAUCUGCAAGGGCUGUUGGAGCCUCAGGGCCUGGGCUGGAAGUAUUUCCUCUUCUGUUCUGCUUUUGCCUUUGACACAGGUUCACUUAAACACCGUGGCAACUGAGGCCUUAAACCUUGGUGGAUUAGCACUGCUCCUCAGAGACUAUCAACAAAACAGCGUGUAAGGCCACAUCUUGGCCUCCUCAGUGUGGACUCCUUUUCCCGAGCUCAUGUUACUGACUGAAGGCACUGGACUUUACCAAAAUGGCUGGGGCACAAACUUCAUGAGGCGGGCAGUAGCCUCUGGUGGGGGAAUGCAGCAGAUUGGAAAGGGCUCCUGUCCGCUGCAGAAGCUGGUGUAGCACAUCCACCCCUGGGUGAGACAACCCCUGAGGCUGGAGGCAUGGGUGCAGGCAAUCACCUUGAACUUUCUUCCAGAAGGAAGAGCAUGGAGUCAACGGAUCGGCGCUCAACCGUCUGCUGGAACUUCUUCAGCACCGGGGAGCUUGGCAGAUUGUGCA